CCAGGUUUGGAAUAUCCUGACAUUGUCAACUAUUUGGUGCUACAGACCUCGUGGAUUACUGGGCAGCAAAUGAAAGCUUACAAGUCUAUGGACGCUUACAACUUCUUCGUUUCAGGGUGGGUAAAUACAAUUUUUACCAAACUAGUGGCUGGAACCGACAAAGUGGUUGUUACAGCGAGAGUAAAUCACUCACAACGAGCGAGAGAGACGCCUCUGAAGACAUGGCUCCUUGCUGAAAAGGAUGGAAACGUGUGCAUGGCGCACUGUAACUGCAUGGCAGGACUUUGCGAGGCCUGCUCACACGUUGGGGCUCUUCUUUUUGCCAUUGAAGCUGGCGUUAGAAUG